GUUCGCAUCUGGUUUCUCAACAAUAUUUACCCCGAAUCAGUUCUCAAUAGGCGCUUUCCCUAUCGCCUCAUGUUUCAUUUCGUCACAGAAACACGCGCGCUUUUCGUGAUUUUCAAAACUUUUCCUUCACCAUGAACUCUUUAAAAAUUACCUAAUCAUAAAACCUGUCAAAACAUCGUGUCAAACUAAUGAUAAAUAUUUAAUUGUGUUAUAAAUAUAAAAAUAGAUAUGUUUUUCCUGUUCUCCAGAUAUGUGAUAUUAAUGUUAUUGUUACUGAACUUUUUAUCAGGGCAAAUUUUUUCAAGUGAUUUGCAAAUAAGGCAUCGAAGGGCUCGACUUGUUAGAAACCGAAGACACGGUAACCAUUAUUUGAAAAUUCAAAAACUUUCUUCAGAUUUUGAAAAUGUAGCUAACUUUGUAACUGAAUCUUCAGAUAUGUUGUUCGAUAAUUCUACUUUAACGAUAUCAGACGAACAGAUAAUAAUUAAAUUAUCUUCUGAAAGUCCAAAUGCUCGUAAAUCUAUUGAGAAUACGAAUAGAACGAAAUCAGAUAGAAACAUAAAUAUAAAAGUAAAUACGAACGCUGCCAUUCAUUCAAAUAAUAGUUGGCAACACAUCGACAAAACUGUUUUAUACAUGGGAGAAAAACGAAUUUUCAAUAAAGUUGAUAGUAAUGAAACUGAAACUGUCUCGGAGAAGUUUCCGAAUACAAAUGAUAUAAAUACGUCUAAAAAUCAGAAGUCAGGAGAAAAAACUUUUCGUCGAGCUGAAAGUAGCCGCGGUCAUGCUGACAUCGUUACUCGAUUUUUACGAAUAGUGGAAUCUCAACAUCUACUUGGAGAAAAUUGCACCGCGGGAACAGAUUUGAAUUUAGGUGAAGGUGUAGUGGACAGAUACGCUCAAGAAAGAUUCAGAGUUGAAGCGGAUCUAUGUGUCAAUAGGGCAAACAUGUUAACCAGAAUCUGGAAAUACGCCGAUCAAAAAGCACUUACUUCAGAAAAUCUUCUUUAUUCAAUGGUUUAUUCCUUAGUGGAAUUUAACGAUGUUAUAUUCGCUGCUGGCAACUGCUACGCUGAACAUCAGUAUAAAGAUCAUUUGCUUUUUUGCCCUUACGCUUAUCGUUUACCCGAGGGAAACAUCCUGGUUAAGGACCUAUCUGUCGAAUACCAUUAUCUUGGCAACACUUCAGAGUGGUUCUACAUCGCUAGAAAAAAUGCUGAAAAAGUCAUCAAAGAAAAUUCGCAAUAUACUUAUGGUUAUAAAGCGCACCGAUAUAACAGCACAGCAAUGGGAGAUCGUGUAUCGCAAGAAAUAUUAUCCGUACGCUAUGAGGAUGGGAAGUGGUCUAAACCGUAUUAUGAUUGCGGAGGUGGCAACAUAUGGAUGUUGACUUAUACUGUGCCAUUUUUCGGUUAUAAGAAUGACACGUACUUCUUCAAAGGUACCAGUGGUAUAGAUAUUGAUUUACGCCACGUUGAUAUAGACCAAUGUCCUUUAACAGAAGAAAGAAGUCAAUUGAACAUAUUUGCUGCAUCAGAUAAAUGCAAAAGAAGAACAACUAUGUGUGUCCCGAUUCCGGGGUUGGGUUUCAGAAGAGGAAGCUACAAGUGCGUGUGUAGACCGGGAUUCUACUUUCCAGAUAUUAAGGCUGAGAGACGUUAUUACAAUGGCACAGUUCUCGAAGAAGAAUACGAAAAACGCAUGCUGGGUGAAAGCAGUCAAUACGAUAAAGAAGAUAUGUUUGAGUGUCUUCCAUGUCCAGAAGGAUGUGAAUCCUGUGAAGACGAACGUCCCUGUGUAGUAACUCUAAACUGGGUUAUGCGGACGGUCAUUUUGAUUCUUUCAUGCGUCACGAUAUGCUGUUUACCAAUUGUUGUGUUUUUUACUUGGAAAUAUGGAGAUGUAAAGGUGGUUCGUGCUGCUAGUCCUGUGCUGUUAAGAGUUAUAGCAUUAGGAGCAUUCUUUAUAUAUAGCACUAUGAUUGUCAUGUAUCCUAAGCCAACGCUAUAUACGUGUACCGCUAGAGUAUGGCUCAGAGAAAUCGGCUUCUCUCUAACUUAUGGUGCUUUGAUGCUCAAAACCUGGAGGAUAUCCGUUAUAUUCAGAGUUCGUUCUGCUAAAGCUGUUAAGAUCACGGAUACGAAUUUGCUGAAGAGGUUGGGUGUAAUACUGACGAUUUUUGCCGCUUUUCUGAUAAUUCGCACUCUUGUAGCACCCCCCGUCGUCAUUGUUGGAAGGACCGCCGACGAUCUUAAAGCCUAUCUCUGCAGAACGGAUUGGUGGGAUCAUUUGUUCUCGACAUUGGAAGUCCUCUUUUUGGUCUGGGGUAUUAGACUCUGCAUUGUUGUGCGAAAAGCGCCAUCAGAAUUCAAUGAGAGCCGAUUUAUCUCCAUGGCCAUUUACAACGAGUUCUUGUUAUCGGUUUUCUUGAAUAUAUCAAUGUUGUUCUUACAAAAACCAGCUAAUCCAGAUUUGAUGUAUAUCAUAUUUUUCUGUCAUACCCAGCUUACUGUGACCCUUCUUCUGUGCUUAAUAUUCGGUAGUAAGGUAUUCAUGGUGUUCAAAAACAAAGGACGCGCUGAUGAAAGUUCUAUGGUAUCAAAAACACCGUCCUCGAAAUUUAUCAGUAAGAGCAGAUCCGAUAAUCCACAAUACAGCACCAAUUCUUCUAUAGGAGGAGGGCCAGUGGAUUUCUCUUAUUCGAAAUAUAACGAACAGGAUGUCCAAGAAGAGUUCUUGAGACUCUACACGCAGCUUGAAGUUUUACGCGAAAGAAAUAUGAGGAUGGGAAAUCGACAUUUGGCUUCUAAAAUAAUUGCUAUGCAGGAUGCUGCCAGGACACACGAUAAUUCGAAUCGAAAUUUGAUAAAACCUAGUAGCAGUAUAGAUAACAUAGCCGACACGAAUAUUGAAGAUGUAUCUACACUAAAAAUAAAAAGACAGAGCGUAUCAUUUGCAAUAGAGGUUAAACCCGAAGCGAAUGGUGAUACAUCUACAAUGAAGAAUAACCCUGAACAUAAUGAGAAUAUCGUUUCAAAUGAAACAACUGAAAAUACAGCAUCCAGUUCAACAUAUCCUCCGCCAACUCCAGAAGUUAAAUACAAAGAAAAACCCUCAGCAACUGACAGCAACGGCAGAUAUCUAAUGUCGGGACACGCUAGAACGCAUUCCAUCGUUAUCAACUUAGAUGAUAAGAGCAGAUUUACUGAUGAAAUUACUGUUUAAUAAUUUCUUUUUUAUUUACUACGUACCUGAUGUGAAAUAAAGGUUGUAUCUAGGUAUAUA